AUGAAUUCUGACAUAUUUCAAAAUAGCAUGCCCAAGACUAAGCUACCCUUGCGAAAGAUACUCCCAAUGCCGAAAAGACGGAUAAGAUGUGGAAACGGAGAACGAUUUAGAAGAUUGAACCCAGGAAGGGUAAAGAGGAAUGCUUCAACAACAACACCAAAAUCGACAUCUCGCUCUUGCCUCAGCGUAGAGGAGAUGAACCGCGCCCUGGCCCUAGCAAAUAUUACCACCAACUAUCAGCGGCCAGAUAAAGACUUGAUAGCAGCCAUGAAAAAGAAACAACGAGGCAGAACCGCUGGCCCCACCAACAGUACUCUGGAACCAAACACUACGCAGUCACUUACGCCGGCUGAAGAAACCAUCUCACUGCCUAGUGAUUCUUCCACACUCACACCUCUCACGGCACGUGACACCGCUACCCCUUCCAAACAGCCAAGGAAAUCAUCAGAUUGGGAGACGCAAGCCAAAAAGAUAAUUGAGCGGGAAAGUCACAGCCUAGACAGAGAUUGGUCACGCUUCAGCUGGAAGCAAAAAGCCAGCAACAUUGUGCGGCUCAAGCUGCUGAAAGAUGAUGGCUACGACAUCAGUCAACUGCUGAAAAAAGGUGUCACCGCGGAUGAAAUCAUCGAUGCAAUACUCGCACAUAUCCGGGCCAGAAAGGGGGGACAGUCAGGUACUUACGUGUCUACCUGUCUCGAUACAGUCACGCAGCCAGAAACAAACUAUGAUGCAGAGAUAAACGAAAAAAGCGCAUGCCAACCAGACACAGAUGACCCUCUCCCUUACAUCUCAGACACCACAUAUCGCCCAAGCAACACCUCACCUCCCCAUAUCCCCCAGCAAACCCACCCAAACACCCCCGCCACCCUCCUGCCUCAAAAGCGAAAGCACACACAAGACCCUAGUGACUUCCCCUCACCACCUUUUAAAAAACGCCGCAUCCACUCCCCCAAACACACCACCAGCACAACUCACACCUCCGCUCUCCAAACCCUCAAACGCCAUCUCCGCCGCUCCCUCUUCGCUUCCACCCGCACGUCCCAUUCGCGCUCUUACUCCCACCUUACAACCUCGCAGGGCACAAGAUCGCAAGUCCCGAUUCUCAUCUCAACACCGCUGCCUGCGGCCCCGACAUCGCGUAUCGUCUUUACGCUGCAAGAACCAGGGAGACGGCCGAGCGGGGCGGAUACGUAUGUCACGUCUGCGGCGUUUGAGCUGUUGGGGAGAGAGGUGCAGUGGUUGGCGGGGGGUGCGGGGGUUUGGGAUUGCGAUUGUGAACUAGAAGAUGAGGAGCGGGUUGGGUACGGGAUUAAGUUACUAGUCAAGAGUGGGGAAGGCGAUGCGGUGCUUGAGGGGGAGUCACGGGCGCUUGCUUCUUUGCUGAGGCAUCUGCGGGAUGCCGAGUUGAUGCAUUUGGGAAGGUGGAGGGUUGGUGAUGUGGGUGUGGAUGCGGAGGGGGUGCGGGAUGUGGAGAUGAAGGUUGUGAGGAAUGAGUGGUUUCCUUUUCAUCUUAGUCCUGCGGCGAGUGCGGUGUUGGGGGGGAUUGCGGAGAUGCUGGAGAAUGGGCGGGAUGAGGUGCGUGUUGGGGUUGUACGGCAGAGGGCGAGGUUUAGUGUCAGUGAGAGGUGA